AUGGUGCUGCUCGACACUAGUGAGCCGUUCCCCAAGUUGGAAGACCAGAAGGCGUGCAUCGACCGAACCAGUCCUGAACCGUCCGGAGAAUUCUGCAAUGCUAAUACAGGCGUCUUUUGGGAUGUCCGGGAUUAUCGAAUCCCGGAUCUAUUCAAUCCUGAUCUUGUUAAAYAGAAAAUCACAAAAGCUGUUCUUGAUGCUGGUUAUACUGGGGAUGUGUCAAUCCUUCUUUGGAUUSCUAAGAAUAAAGACUCGGACCAUCUGCUCCAACUUUAUUCAGCAGCCAAAAGCCCAAUCACUUUUCUACCAAAAGAUGAUGAACUUGAGAUGAUUCAYAAUAUUGUGGUGGGCAUUCUUCUGUGGUCAUUGGAUAAUCCUGGACCAGCAAAUGUUUUGGUAGUCUCAAAACACAUCAGCUGCUACAUGCUAUUUAGCCUUGAAUGUUUGCGUAUUAAGAAUUACAGGAUUCUCCUCUCAAAUCCUCCAGAAGAAUCGGAUAGRGAUAUUUUUCCUCGUGGAAGUUUGGAUUGGCUUCUCAAAAGCCUAUCACCACUUAAUAAUAAGAAGCGGCCCAUAGCAGAUAUUUCUGAUUCUAAGGAUUCUGACAACAAUGUCAAUCCCAGCCCGAUGACUUCUGAAAUCAUGUGGAGUGACUUCCCCCCUGCACCCGCAGGAUGUGGUGGUAAGAUCUAUCUCUUGGUCGAUCCUGAGGCCACUGCUGACAAAAUCAGAACAGCUCUUCUAGAUAWAGGUUAUUAUGGGGAUGACUCAAUAUGGGCUUUCAUUGAUUUCGAUUCGGUUGACGAUCAUCUGGAAGAUMAAUUUGCCURCUCGGGAAUAUUUUUCCRACUAGURGGGCCAGCUWUCAGAUCUACUGUCAUGGCGUAUACCACUCUCUUGCCGACAAUAAGCGCUCACGCUCGUACUAAUCCAUCAUGUGUGCUAGUACUCUCAGAAGACGAGGGCUUCCAAACUGUUGUUGAUGCUCUGAAAAGGCACCGCUUCCAAGCCGGCUUUUUUAAGCCUAAUGUUUUCCUAUGCUUCAAACCAGAAGAGCAAAAGAGUGGCGAGGAGAUCCUACUCUCUUCUCUCUGUUUUGCAGACCAAGAUUAG